AUGUUGACCACCAUUACUCUCCUCGCGUCGUUUCUUCCAGGUGUAUUGAGUCUAGGCAUCCUCUUCCCCGUCUACUUCUGCGGGAACAAUGCCAACUGCUUCGACACUACGAGCUGCCCGGACUACACCUCGAUAGUCUCAGGCAUAAAAGCCCAGGCCAGCGUUCCCGUCUACAUGAUCAUCAACCCCGCGAGCGGCCCGAUGACGACGUCCGACCUCUACCCGAACUACCCGGUGUGUAUCCCACAGCUGAAGAACGCUGGGCCAGACAGUGUCGUGUUGGGAUACGUUCGGACCAACUACGGCAACCCACCAAUCACCGCGGAUAUUGUUCAGGAGAACGUGACUGCCUAUGCCGAUUGGCCGGCAUCAUACCGCCCAACCGGCAUCUUCUUCGACGAAGUGAGCAAUGACGUGGGAGAUGUGAGCCUGUACGAAUCGUACGCCACGUACGCUCGCAGCUUGGGAUUUAACUUCAUUGUGUUCAAUCCCGGAACGUCGACCACCGCCGGAUACUUCGGUUCGAGCGCCGCGGACAUGAUCGUCACCUACGAGGGGCCAUACUCUUCAUUCAGUACUUCGGACCUCACGAUCACCUCGGACAUGCCAUCGGCGAAGCAGGCUGUGCUGAUGUACAGCGGGCCCGCAAGUUCCCCGUCUUCUGUCAUCGAUCAGCUGGGGUCUCUUGGGGGAGGAGUGGGCGCGGUGUUUGUUACAGACAACGCCAAUGCUGCUAAUCAUUGGAAUGCGACGCCUACUUACUGGGCGGCUGAGGUGGCGGAUGUAGCCGGAGCUUAG